CCUUUUUCUUUUUAUACAACUUCUCAUACAGUUCAAAUUUACCUUGCCUAAUAUCAUUCAUGACAAUUCCUCUCAAAGACUCAUCGGAUCCAAGUGCAAAAGCGGCCCUUGCUCGGCUUGAACAAAUCAAGGGUCAACUCAACUUGAAAUCCUCUGCUAUGUCUCUCCAGGCACCAAAAGAUAUGACUACAGAGCGUGCUGCCGCUGAUUUUGAUAUCAAGAAGCUGGAGUGGCUCUGGGCAGGCGGUGAAGACGCCUACAAUUUACUCAACUUCUCUUAUAAUUUUAUCAAAAAUGACCCUGAGUUGGUAGUCCAACCUCCCCGCAACUUUCUUGAGAUGUCUAGACCGGAGGCCCGCGAAUUUGCCAUGGGCCAAAUAUACCGGACUACUCAACUUUCAAAAGACAAAGCUCUUAACUUGACCAAGCAGCAAAUUGAUAGUAUCGUAUGGGCCACGAAUAUCUACUCCGAAACCUUCUCGAUGCGAUUCUUUGUCCAUGCUUCUUUAUUCCGUAAUGCUGUGAACAUGCUGGGAAACAAAAAUCAGCAAGACAAGUGGAACACCAAAAUAGAGAACCUUGAGGUCAUUGGCUGCUUUGCUAUGACUGAGCUGGGACAUAGUUCGGCUCUUCGUGAUAUUGAAACAACAGCGACAUAUGAUAUUGCAACUGAUGAAUUUGUUCUCGAAUCUCCCACUGUAACCUCAAGCAAAUGGUGGAUUGGAAUGGCUGGCCAGACCGCAACCCACACCGUAGCAAUUGCUCAAACCAUCAUUCACGGAAAGAAUGUUGGUCUCAACUGGUUUAUUGUCCAGCUCCGUAGUCAGACAGAUGGCUCGCUUAUGCCUAAUGUUGUAGCUGGUGAUAUUGGUCAAAAGGUUGGUCACUUGGGACUGGAUAAUGGCUGGAUUCAAUUCCAUCGCAACCGCAUACCUCGUAAGAAUAUGCUUUCUAGAUGGGUCAGCUUGGAUCGCCACGGAAACUUCUCUCCCCCACCAAAUCCAGCUGUGAUGUACGCCACCUUGAUUCCAGAACGUCUUUCUCUUGUUCUUGUCACAACACAACUGAUUUCGCAAGCUAUUGUUAUUGCUACACGGUAUGGCGUAGUCCGUCGCCAGGGCGCAAAAAACGAGCAGAUCAUGGAUUAUCAGUCACACUAUGUGAAACUGGUUCCGGCAAUAUCGUUCAUGUACAUGGUCAAGACAGCACAAAAGGAUUUAGAUGAACAGUUCUCAAUAUUGACUGCUGGUGGCAAUAUGGACCCCGCGACAUAUCUUAACUAUAUGGGCGAAAUGCAUGCAAUGGCUGCUUGUUUCAAAGGACUGACAGGAUGGUACUCUUCUGAAAUCCUCGAAGAUUGUCGACGUGCUUGUGGCGGUCACGCCUACUCUUCUUACAAUGCAAUUGGAAGCAUCAUAGGUGACUGGGGAGUUAUGACUACCGGAGGCGGUGAUAACGUAGUGCUGCUACAGCAAGCGGCUCGUCAUUUACUGUUCCGUCUUGAGCAGAAACUCAAAUUCAACCAGUACCCAAAAUUUAGCUUCAAGAGCCCAACUCAAUAUAUAAAUUAUGCAGAAGAAUAUCUUGGUAAUACCAAAUGGAAUGUAUCCGAUGUCUCGCAGUGUCUUGGAAACUUUAGUGUAGUUGAAGGGGCUCUAUGCACUAUUUUGGUUAAAAGAUUGAAUAGUAUUCAAAAGAACCUGGAGAGUGGAAUGACCCACAAUGAUGUCUUGCUAGAGUCAGUUCGUGUAGCUGAGAUGCAUUGUGCUGUAUUCUUAUUCUCUACCAAUGCUGCUGCCUAUCACAAAUCAACUGCUGAUCCUGCUCUUGAUAAGGGUGUUCUUUCCAUCAUGAACCGCCUCACUGUCCUUUGGGGUCUCCACAUCCUUUACAAGUACAGCGACCAGGGAUUUAAAGAAGGAUUCUUGAGUCCCGAGCAGAUCAAAGAUAUUGAAUAUAUCUACUUUGAUUAUUGCAAAUCUCUCCGCUCUCAAGUUAUUGGUCUCACAGAUGGCUUUGGUUACCCUGACUUUAUUAUCAAGGCACCUAUUGCAAAAUAUGACGGCGACAUUUACCAAGCUUAUUUUGAUAGCAUUUUGCAAGCACCUGGAUCAGUCGAUAUACCCCCAUACCAUGAAAAAUACAUCAAGCCUCUUACAAAUCAGCUCAAGUAAUACUAUAUUUUAAUAAUGGCAAAGACUAAUACUAAAACAUGGCCAAAUGCAAGCUCAAUAUUUUAAAGGCAACAAAUACACACAAAUUACAUAAAAAAUGGGACAGUUGUUUUAAUUAAAAAAGAAAAAAGUUUUCAUACAAAUAAAUAAAUUAAUGCCCUGCCCUGCCCUGCCCUGCUCUACUCUACUCUACUCU